AUUAUAAACAAUGCGAAUUAGUUUAUAAAAAAAUACAAAUCAUUUUUUAAAAGUUUAAAAGCAUUUACAAUAGUUGCUAAUAAAUAAACAUACAUUGACAAAAAAAAAUGUCUUUCUUUGGAGCCAAUAACUCUCUGGGUGCUACCAGCACGCCGGCAAAACCAACUGGAUUAUUUUCAUCAUUUGGUACAGGAGCAGCUGGUACAACGUCUGCAUUUGGAGCGCCAGCAACCUCAACAGCACAGACUGGAUUUGGUACACCGGCAUUCGGUGCUGGUGGUUUUGGUACUUCGGCAGCGGCGGCAACUUCAGCACCAACUUUAGGGGGUUUUGGUGGAUUUGGCUCAACAAAUACUAGUACCACAACCGCACCUAGUUUGGGUGGUUUCGGUUCGUUUGGUACUGGAGCUGCACAAACGUCACAGCCUCCCAGUUUGUUUGGUGCAGCCGCGGGUGCCACAACGGCAUUUGGAGGAUUUGGUGGAACGGUUACCUCGGCGGCUCCCAGUUUUGGUGCCUUUGGUACAACAGCGACAAGUAGCGCUACAGGUUUCGGUGGUUUUGGUGCCACUUCAACUACAUCGACUGCACCUGCCUUUGGUGGCUUUGGGACUCAAGCGCAGACGGGUGGUUUUGGAGGAUUUGGUACAAGUUUUGGCAAACCCGCCGCAAACACUACAGUGACACCAGGAUUUGGAGGUUUCGGUGGCAAUACUGGUUUCAUGAUGGGCCAACAGCAACAACAAGCUCCACCCAUAUCAGCAGACGAUGCCUUUGCGCAAUCAAUUUUCAAUGUUUCAAUUUAUGGUGACGAACGUGAUACAAUAAUUGCCAAAUGGAAUUACUUCCAGGCCAUGUGGGGUACUGGAAAAUCGUUUUAUUCACAGAAUGCAGCACCUGUUGAAAUAACACCACAAAAUUACCUGUGCCGCUUUAAAGCGAUGGGUUACAGUAGACUGCCCGGCAAGGAUAAUAAAAUGGGUUUGGUUGCAUUAAAUUUUAACAAAUCUCUGGCCGAAGUUAAAAAUCAUCAACAACAGAUUAUUAACACAUUGAAUGCUGCCUUUGGCAAUAAACCAAAUUUGUUAGUAAAUAUAGACUCAAGUAAACAAAGUGAAGAUAAGAAAAGUCAACUUGUUAUAUACUUGGAGGAAAAGUCGCAAUUAUCUCCCAACGAUACAAAACGUAUUUUAGCCACAGAUUUGGCCAACUAUUUAAAUCAGCCCAAUAUUAAGGGCCAGUUAAAUAAUCUGGGAAUAGUGGAAAUUUUGGCUCUUGUGCUGCCAGAUGAAGAUCAACUUAAAGAAUAUUUGAAAAAUCCACCCAAAGGUAUUGAUCCCCGUAUGUGGUGCCAAGCAAAACUUGAUAAUCCAGAUGCCUCGAAAUUUAUACCAGUACCAAUGAUUGGUUUUAAUGAGCUUAAGUAUCGUAUAAAAUGCCAGGAAAAUGAAACUGAAAUGCAUGCGUUAUAUUUGCGUAAAGUGGAAAAUGAUUUGUCUGAAUUAAGACAACGACACACGGCGGCUACAGCAAAAAUAAUGGAAUAUAAACGUAAUUUGGCCGAAUUAAGUCAUAAAAUUUUAAAGAUAAUAGUUAAACAGGAAUGUACACGUAAAGUGGGACUAGCCUUAACGCCCGAAGAAGAAGCUUUACGCACGAAACUGGAAAAUAUGCAGGCUUUAGUUUCAGCUCCCACGCAGUUUAAAGGUCGUCUUAGUGAACUACUAUCCCAAAUGCGUAUGCAACGUAAUCAGUAUGCUUUAACGUCCGGCAGUGAGUAUACUCUUGAUAAAGAUUGUGAAGAAGAAAUGAAAACAUUUUUGGGCAUGCAACAAAAAGCUAUGGAAGUUCUUACGGAUACCGUAACGAAAGACUUAAAGGCAUUACAAAUAAUUAUUGAUGGUAUGCCGGAAUUGGUAAGAGGUUAAAUGUUAUUAAAGACCUUGUUAAGUUUUUUAAGCCAUUUUUAUAUGUAACGUGUGGUUAUUAUCUUUAAGUAAAUAUUCACAAAUACAACAGAAAGAUAUGAAUA